UUACCGUAGUCAUGGGCCUAAACCAAGUGUAAGUGGUAAGAAAAAAGGGAAAAGUUAUCGAUCGAAACGAAACAGGAAGUUAUGCAGAAUGUCUGACGUUUCAUGCUCUCAUUGGCUGAUUAUCGGAGCACCGCCUACGCUCUCAUCUCAUUGGCUGACUAAUCCAGCGCGUCUGUGUGUUUAUGAGAGACAUGCUGCUCUGUUCCUCAUCGUAGUCGCUCUUAAACUAGUUCGCACGCAUUGAAAUCUCUUUUUAAUUUGUUACUUUUCUUUGUGUUAAAAUGACCGGAGUCAUGGGCCCUAAACCAAGUGUAAGUAAGAAGAAAAAAAGGGAAAAGUUGUCGAUGGAAACAAAGCAGGAAAUGAUCCAGAAGCAUGACGGUGGUAUGAAUUACUUCCAGGUGGAGACAGACGGACAUGAGGAACUUGUAGGUGUUGUCCCGGGACAGGAAGGAGACGAAGACGUACUGCAAAGACGCGUCCACACGUUUCAGACGUGCCCUUGAAGGAGCUUUGAGCGUCUUCAGGAACGAGGACUCACCCUGUCGGCGGCGGUGGCGAUCACCACGGCGUUUGGCACCAAGAUGGCCGUCUUGGUCUUCUUGACGUGGGUGACGGAUGUGACGGGGAUGGCGAUCUGGGCGGGACAAAGCAGCACAAACAGGAAGUGCAUUUUUCCUACUUCCUGCUAGUGCUUUUGUCAUCACCAUGCUGCUCUCAGCCACCAGGGGGCGCAUGUGCAUCAUGUCAUCACCUUGGUGUCUUUGCCAAAGACUUUGGAGUGGAAGCAGAUCCAGUGGUCCGACACAAACAUCCGUCCCUGGUAGAGGAUGUCUUUCUGCAGCGCGCAUGUGUAACCUGCACACACACACACACACACACGACAACACACACCUUUCCCACCACGUCUCUGUGAAGCUCCUCUACACUUGCAUGAGCGUGAGUGGAGCAGAGUAGUCCAUUGUAAUCCUAGCAGAUGAGACCGUCCUCGUCCUACUUUGGGAAACUUACUUUGUCUGAGUUGCUCGUCUUUGCUGAUCUCCUUAAAUACUUUAUGGUAUUGACAAUUACUCUUGGAAAGCUGAAACACAACAAUGCAUUCGUUUACAAAGUACUACUUGUACUACUACCAGUACUUUUCAAAGGCCAAGCAGACGUUCAGGCGUGACCUCUGACCUGACUGCAGUGAGACUUCUUCCUGUCCAGCUUGGAGACCAGGUCGCUUUGGACCUGACUCAGCACGCACGGAUCCAAAGUCUUUGACCUGCAGACAACAAGGAGGGACCAAUGAACCCUUACACAACUCAUUGGAUACAUGGACGACUACAUGGAGCAGUACGCACCAGCAAUCAAUUGCAACCACUGGAUGGAGCAUUUUCCCCAACAUUUGCAACACCCUAUAAAAUAUCUGCCAGCUUGUCCAGUGUGGAAUAUCUGAAGAUGAACCCCCCAAGACCAGAGCAGGUCACACGGAAUGACAGGCGUCUGAACAGGUGUUAUGAAAGGAGAGCAGACAGCAGGUUGCAUGAUGGACGUCACGGUGGUGAGCUUUACCGGACCAAAGGUGCUCUCCUGCUUCCUGAGGCUUCUUGAUGUUCCGCCUCAGCGGCCUGCAGACGCUCGCCGAGCAUCCUCGCGCAUCUUUGACGCUCCUCGGCCGCCAUGUCCCCAUCCGAGCUGCAGACAGACGCCAGGAUGUCUUUUAGUCGUCAUUGAUAUUCUUCUUUUUUAUGAUUUAAGACCCGACCUGCCGGCCACGUGGUUGUCCUUCUCGUCUCCUCUAGACGUUCCUCUGCAGGCCCGCCAGGCCUCCUCCUGCUGGCCCACGCUCGCUUCUGUCAUCACCGCAGGACAACUGACCCCCGCCGCCGCCUGCACUCCUUCACCUGCUCUGUGGGCGGGGCCUCCUGACGGUCACAGCCAAUCAGACCGCACGAUGCUGCAGCGGAGCCCCCUCGUCUUCUCACCCCCCACCCCCGCUCCUCCAGCUGAGCCGUCAUCCUGCCAUCACUGCUGUGACCAGGAAGCUGGCGGCGGGUAGUCUGAGAUGAUUUCAGCCUCCAACAUCAUCAUCAUCAACAGCAGCAGCAUCGAGGAGGACCGGAAGGAGAAACAUGUCCUCCGCGGCUGGAGGAGGAAGGAGAAGCCCGGUGACAGCUCUCCUCCUCCUCCUCUUCCUUUUCCUUUUCCUCAUCCUCCUCCCUCCUCCUCCUCCUCCUCCUCCUCCGCCUCUGUCUUCCUCGCUUCUUCCGCCCUGGCCGAGCAUCCUCCCGCCAAGGAGGCCCGCCGCGACAAGCCUUGCGGGAAAAGCGCGCUGGAUUGCGGCGUGAGGAGCAGCGGUGGCGGCGGGGGAGGAGCAGGAGGAGGAGGCGCGCUGGUGCUGAGGAGGCCGCAUGACGACUCCUCCGAGAGGGUGGAGCCCAUGUUCACUCCACCAGCGGCCCCUUCUCCGGGUCUGGCGGGGGCCACCGGACCCUCGCCACCCUCUGCCGCCUCCUUUUCCCCGCCCACUCCGCCCUUGUGUCACCAAGCCAAGCAGCUGGCGGUGAGGACCAGGUCUGUGGGCACCAACACGCAGGACGCCAGUGCCCCCUCGGGGCCGGACGGGGACUCGGACUUCAUGGGCCCCUGCCAGCCCGGGACCAGCGUCAACCUGGAGGGCAUUGUGUGGCACGAGACAGAAGAAGGUGUGCUGGUGGUCAACGUGACUUGGAGGAAGAGGACGUACGUGGGAACGCUGCUGGACUGCACCAAACAUGACUGGGCUCCUCCCAGAUUCUGUGAGUCUCCGUCCAGCGAUCCAGAAAUGCCAGGUGGGCGUGGCCGUGGGAAAAGGAUGCGGCUAGCAAUGGGGGAGCGGUCCUGCGUCGAGGCCACCCCUGCGAUCAAAGUGCGGGGUCUUCCGCAGCACCGUAGCCGUGGCGGCGGCAUGGCGGCUUCGCCGGUCCACAGCAAGGGCCGUCGAGGCAGCUUGAAGCUCAUCGGCAACUGCAGGGCUUCCCCGUCUUUCUUCACCGUGGAGGACGUCAAAGCAGCUGGUGGCGCCGCCGUCCUCCCAUCUGGGAAACGAAAGAACAAGCCGCCGGCUGAUCUGGACCUCAGUCUAGUUUCCUCGGAUGACGUCAAGAACGUGAACGGGAAGAGGAUUCGAGCCAAGUCCCGCAGCGCCCCCUCCACGCCGCAAGGCAAGUCCGACCCCUCGUUCAUGGACCCUGGAGGAGGUUGCGCCUCUUCACCUCCGCCACCACCCAUUCUCAUCGACUGCCCCCACCCCAACUGCACUAAACGCUACAAGCACAUCAACGGGCUGCGCUACCACCAGACGCACGCCCAUCUGGAGGCGGAGGAGCAGAGGAAGCCGGACCUGGACCCCGUGAAGGACGGCGAGAGCGAGGAAAGACUGUCGGACUGUGAGGACUCCGUUGGUCACGUGACCUAUGACCACUCAGAGGCAAACAACAACUCAACUAAAAAAGCAGCGCCCUUGUAUAAGGUGACCACUGUGGGCUCGCCCAAGAACAGACGGCUGCUCCUCAGUACGGACCACAGUCCUCUUGCCAGCGCCAAAACCAGGAGAAGCUCACUGCUGAAGGACGGGCUGAUCGACGACCUCAGCAACCUGCCCAUAAUCUCCAACAUGACUGUGGUUCUGGAAAACUGCAUGGUUCCAGACAGGAGCUCUGCAGUUGAGAUGCCCAAGCUGGAAGCUGAAGGUCUGAUUGAUAAGAAAGUCCUUUGUGACAAGAGCAAAAAAGCCAACGGGAAGGUGGACAAGCUGUCCAAGUCUCGUACCAACCGGCCGAUCGCUCCGGCCCCCGCCCCUCCCAAGCUAAUUGCUAUCCCCAACGCAGCGUAUCCUGCAGUUCCAGCAGAUACUGCUGCCCCCCAUCAGCCUUCAGCCAUGGCAGCAGUGGGCCUGAGCAGUAAGAACAUAUCCCUGAAGGCCAUCAAACCAAAGCUAAGCAUCGUCAUGGAGCCCAACUUGGUCAAAGCCACGCUGCUUGGCUGCAAAGACACCAGGAGGAAGGAGAAGAGAAGACCGAAGGACAAACACAACAGGGAUGCACCCAUUAGGGCGCCUAACGGUGAUGGCGGCGGGAUCAAAAUGGAAAAUGGUGCUGCCAAAAUGGGCGCCAAGGAGAUCUGUGGAAGCCUCUUGAAGGAGCACCUGAGCAAGCAGGAAGUGAUGAACGGCUUCAGUGAGAGCCAGGAGAGCAGGAUGGCUAGCAUCCGUGCUGAGGCCGACAAGGUCUAUACCUUCACGGAUAACGCUCCCAGUCCAUCUAUCGGCAGUUCCUCGCGGCUCGACGCCAGCGGAGGUUGUCUGCCGACGGCCGACAGCAACACCAACAGCCCCGCCUACUCGGACAUCUCUGAUGCGGGGGAGGACGCAGUGUCCUCGGAAAGUUGCUUGGACGCACUCAGAUCCAAGUGUGGUUCUUCUGCUGAGCUGAACUCCAACAAUAACCAUAAUAACGCCAGGAAGACACCCCCCACAGGACCGUGCCCCUCCUCGAAAGAGCCUCAGUCCCCCUACUACCACAGCUUUGAGCCCUACUUCCUGCCGGGAUACGUCCAGGCAGACAGGCAGAGCAGUGGUGGCGCCUUCCACAAAGGUUGCUCCCACGAUGCUAAAAGUAAAGAUCGAAAGGAGGACAUAAAAGACGAGGACAAAGGCUCCGGCCAUGACUUUGCUGACUGUAAAAAAGGUGAAGGGUCAGCUCCGUCUCAGCUGCAGCUGGCAAUGAGUCAGACACAGACAGCCCUGGCCCAGUCGCUGUACUACGGACAGUACUCGCGAGGACUCUACAUGGACCAGAAACUCUUACUGGCCUCCAAAUGCUGUGAGCAGAAGAGGGGACAGGGGGCACGAGAGGGCGAGGACAUCAAACAUGUGGGCGGGGCCCUGUCCAGUGGAGGCAAAGGUUCAGAAAGUGCUAAAGGGUGCUGUCCCAAAGCUAUCCUGUCCUAUUUGGAGGUGAAUGAGCGGGGAGAAAGGAGACUGGGCGUGAAGGUGGUCUCAACGAAAGACUGCGAUGACGUCAAGUCAGCGUCCUCCCUGUCCCACCUCAACCCCAACAGUCACACUGAGCUGGACUCAAACGUUUCCUUUUCCAGUCCCCCAGACGGCCCGACGUGGGCUCAGCGCCUGGCUCACAGCAAAUACUCAGAGCUGCAGAGUCCACUUGGGGAUGCAGCUGAUGAGGGGGACGCAGAAAGGUCCAAAGAAAGGGGGACCACCUUGGAACCUGCCGGGCCCAAACCGUCCUCAGCGGGAGGAGGCAGUGGCCACGAUGCUAAAAAAAGCAGAGUCUGCAGAUCGCAAGAUCUGCCGCUCGUCGACUCGAAUGACUCGGAUGGCCUGGAGGGGCUGCAGGAACCGGUGGGAGCCCUGUCAGGGGAGUCCCUGAGUGCCCGGGUGGCGGUCUCUCCUCCCAUGACCCCCCAGCAGCCCUACAUGCAGUACCCGCAUUCUUCGUACCCACCCUACCUGGCCAUGUGUGAGAGCGGCGGGGGCUCCUACAGGGGGGUGUCCCCCACCCUGGUCCAAAAUUACACAGGUUUCCACUACCCUCUGUAUGGUAAGACGGCGGGCAGGGAGGAGUCAGAGGUGACUCCGCCCAGCAGAGGAGGCGUGGUUAGCAACAAGCAGGGUGGAGACUCAUCGUCAUCUUCCACCAUGGAGCUGUUGAAGCAGUGCCACCAGUUCCACGGGAAGUCGCCCGCUCCUGGUGAGAAAGGUUCCCCCGAGGUGGAACACGAGGUGGAUCGUGACAGGAGCCACGUGUCGUUGGGUCGACACUUGCACACACACCAUCACACACACCUUGGCGUGACCUACAACCUAGUGUCAGGACAGUACGACAUCUACCCAGGUCUGAGCUCCAGGUCGCUGGUGUCUGGUCAGCAGGUGUCAGGUCGCUCCUCUGCUGACAGCGACGUGAAGAAGUAGGACACGUGACGGCAUCCCGCACGAGCCAGAAAAGACGAACCAGACGUCCACGGUGGUCAUCAAUUAAGGCGACAAACAUUUCUUCGGAAAUGCCUACAGCGUGUGCUUAGUACGCGGGCGCGCCCACGGAGACACACGGAGGACAGGAAGUGGGCCGUUUGCGAGGAGGAAGUGUACAAAGGAGUGAGACGUGUGGUGUUCCUCAAAGGCGCACGUUAUGACUGAAUGUAGUGACGACCACGCUCUUAUUACCCACCUUAUCCAGACGCUAACCUUGUGAUGCUAACUGUGCGUGUUGAUUGUAUCGUCUUUAUGUGAGCGUAACCUUUCUCAUGCCACGCCCUGUCUGCUGUAAAUACUCUCUGCUCAUUGGCCGCACAGCCUCCACGCGGGCGGGGAGAGGAGCAACGCUGCAUUCCAGAGCGUUGGAACAAGUCCGACAUUCCCAACAUCCAACCAACUGCGGUGGUCCACAGGGUUUAGCACUUCUUGAAAUAAUCAUUGAUAAAGAUGAGCUAAUUAGUUUAUUUACAAAAUAGUGGAAUGUUUGUGACUUUACAGCAGCGAGGAAUGCAGCGUUGGUUGUCUUCUUCAUCAAGGAUUCAUUCAUGAAGACAUGCUGACUGCGAUGGUGAAUCAGAGGUGCUCUCUAAGGUUCUCAUUGCACACUCGUGUAGUUAAUGAACCAAUCAUGCUGCUAACACGUGCACGCAUGCAACAACAAAGCCUUGGCGGAGGUCUCCACCUGCACAGCAGUGCUAGCCGUCCGUCCUCCCCAGUAUGAUUCCAAAAAAGAGGCAGUAGACGGAUGUGACUGUGUUACAUUUCUUAUGUAAAUAAGGUGCUGCCCGCCUGCGUGCUACGAUGCACGUCACUCUACGACCAUUCAUAGUGAUAGAAGGUCUGCUUCCAGGCCGCUCGCUCACCAUCAGUGUAACCUGCUGUCGCUUUUUAUACUGUAUAUGCCUUAAUUCAUAUGUUUGGCAAUCACGAUUAAAGGAUCUUUAUAUACA